AUGGAAAUACAACCUGCAACAACAAAAUUAAAUCAUUAUUUUUCUUUCAAUUUAAAAGACAUACCUACAACAACAACCAGUGAUAAAGAAAUUGAACGACGCGUUAUUGAUGAAAAAAUUGAAAUAUGUUUAGAGUGUAAUCACAGCAGUAGUGGUAAUAAUAAUACCAUUAGUGACUUGAAAACAGCAAAACACUGGUGUAAAAAAUGUAAUUCUGAACGAUUUCAAAAAAAAUUAUCAACUUGGACUAGCAGUAAUAAAGAAAUUGAUCAUUACAUAAAAACAAUACAAUUUUCUGCUACUGAUCAUUCCGAGGUGAUUGAAUGGAUUCCAUGGAAUCGUUUUACAGAUAUUAGAACAAUUGGAACUGGACGUUUUGGUGUUGCUUAUUCCGCAAUCUGGUUAGAUGGAUACAUAACAGAGUGGGACAAUACAACACAAAAUUGGGCAAGAAGCGAUGUUAAAACUAAAUAUAUAAUUAAAUUUUCUUCUCAUAAAAAUGGUGUUGAUGGAUUAAUUAGAUGCUUUGGAAUAACCCAAAUUCCAGAAACUAGAAAAUAUGGAUUGGUAAUUCGCUGUUCACAAACGGAAAUGCAAUCCUAUUUAUAUGAUUCUCAACCGUACAUUGAGCAUGACUGGAAAACAAAACUAGAAAUUUUAGCGGACAUUGCAUUGACUAUUCAUCGUCUUCAUGAGAAAAAUUUAUUUAAUGGAAAUCUUCAUACUGUUGCCACACAAUUGCCGCCAUUUGAUUUGGAUGCUCAUGACAUAUCACUUGCUCAACGUAUCUGUUGUGGACUUAGACUUCAUAUCAACGCUACUGAAAUGCCAAAUUCACUCGGUAAACUGAUUAAUCGAUGUUGGGAUGCAAAUCCUGUCAAUCGACCAGAAGCUGAAGAAGUUUAUAUCUGGUUACAAUCUUGGCUGGAUUUGUGCAGUGAUCCGGCAACAUCAUCUGACAACAUAGGAAUGGAAUUUCAUAUCAACGAUUAUGUAAAAAAGAAAAAAAAAGGAAUCGAAUGGAGGCAUCCUAAAGCCAUCUAUACCGACAGAGUGUUUGAAUUUAACAACCUUCCUAAACCGAUUAAUUUUUCACCAGAUACUUAUCAUAAAUUAGUUUAUCAUUAUUCAACAAUCGAUAAAAAUCAAACUAUUAAAGAUGAACAACAUCUAUCAUUAUCACGUCAACCUUCUGUUUAUUUAGAAAGCGUUAAAACACCAACGGUUGUUAAUACAAGAUUCUCUGCGCCAUCAUUAUUACCACCUACCACCACCAAAAUUAUUUCUACGCAAUAUAACACUUCACCAAACACUGCGCCACUAGAUUUCACAAGCAACAACAAAUUAACACAAACACCAAUGCCAGGUACCUAUAUAGAUGACGAUCAAUCUGAUUGUCUUAUUGGUUGGAAAGAAAUUGAUAAAAAUAUAUAUAAUAUGGUAAUGGUUGUCAUUCCUGAUAUUAUCAAUAUUGCAAUUCCAAAUUCUGGAAAACUUUAUAAUAAUUUACCAAUUCAUAUUAGAACAACGGGAUAUUACCAAUGUCUUACAUUUUUAAGUAUUGUAGUAGCUCUUUCGGCUAUAUAUCAAAUAAGUCAAGUAAAAUUGUUAUUAUCAGGUUCAAAAUGGCCAGAAUUACCGGAUUUACCAUCCUAUGAAGAAAAAUUUGACACAGUAAAGGAUAAUAGUGAUAAUAAUAAAAACAACACUGCUAUACAUUUUAAAAUAACUGUUUGGAUAUAUAAAAUAUUAAAUUAUGUAUUGGAUUACACUUUAAUUGGAGAAAUUUCAAUAAAUGAAAUAAUAUUAUUGGUGAUAUUUAUUACUUUGAAUCUGAUAUUUUUAUAUCUACCAUUUCAAGAUGGAAUUAGUACGGUGCCAGAUCUAUAUAAUAGAAGUGCAUAUAUAGCAUUAGCAAAUGCAGCAUUUGUAUUUCCAUUGGCAACGCGUAAUUCAGUAUUUGUAGUAUUAUUUGGGGUACCAUUUGAAAGAUUAAUCACAUUUCAUCGAUGGGUUGGUAAAACAAUUUUUUUGUUGUUAACAUUUCAUGGUUCAUAUCAAAUGCAACAAAACUUCAAUUCAUUAUCACAAAUAUUUUUAGAUAAAAUUAAUUUAUGGGGAUUUUUGUCCUAUGUUUCAUUGUUUAUAAUAUUUUUGACAUCUCAUCCAUUAUUUCGUAGACGUUUCUUUGAAUUUUUUUAUUGGUCACAUUUUAAUUUUAUCUUUUUUGUGAUAUUCGGCGUAUUACACAAUGAUAACUUUAGCACAUUCACUUGUGUCGGUGUUGGAUUAUAUGUAAUUGAUCGAAUAAUUAGGUCUUUGAUAGGAUAUAAGGAUGUUAAAAUAAUAUCGAUAGAAGCAAUGCAAGCCAACGUAACAAAAGUGGUAGUUGAUUUCAAUGAUUAUUACUCGGCAGGUCAAUAUAUGUUUAUAAAUAUACCAAAUUUAAACCAACCAACAUCAUUGAUUGCAUGGCACCCAAUUUCAUUUUCUUCCUCCAAAAGUAUUAUCAACGCGCAUGACGAUGAUCAUAAUAGUGACAAUAAUAACAAUAUGGCAAGUUUUCAUAUGAAAUCUCAAGGAGGAUUUUCUAACCAAUUUCUUGAUUUUGCACAAUAUAGUACAGUCGUGUUAAUUGGUGGAGGAAUUGGAGUUACUCCUCUGAUUAGCAUAUUAAAUGAUUUAAUUAAUAGACAACUUACAAAUAUUCCAUUAAAAACCCAAACAAUCCAUUUUUGUUGGUUAAUACCUCAUUUAGAUUCUUAUAGUUGGUUUGAACUUGAAUUACAAGAAUUAAUAUCAAAGAGUCGAGCAUUACCAAAUAACAAAUAUUUAUUAAACGUAAAGAUAUUUUUGACUAAAUCAACAACAAUAUCAACACCACUGUCUUCAUUGUUCUUCCUCGGUAGACCUGAUUUCAAUUUGUUAUUACGUGACGUUAAACAAUAUAAUGUGGCUGGCGAUAUUGCAGUUGGUGUUUGUGGACCAGCUAUAAUGAGGAGGAAAGUUAGAAAUGCUUCUGUGAUCGAGAGUGAUGAAACUUGUUUAUUUAAAGUUCAUUAUGAAACGUUUGAACUAUAA